CCUUCUUCAUGAUGCCCGAUUUGCGUUUGGAAAAAGUGAUAUGACGUCUACUCUUGUCUUCGAUAUAUUCAAUCUUGAUUUUUCUUCGGCCAGCACGCUUUCCGCCUUUGGGAGCAUCCUCAUCGUCAUCAUCAUCCUCAUCCUCGUCGCCGUCACCGUGAUCAUGCUUGAAUUUUUUGUCAAAAUGAUCAUUGUGGUUUAAGUGACUAGCAUCGCCGUUGCUUGUGCUUGAGGUUGGGCUAUCCAACGCCUGUGUUUGAUUUCUUUUGUUGCUCAUAUCGGACGUCUUGAACUUUGUUAUGGUUUGUUUGUUGUUUCCUCCUUUGUACGAUAGGAUGAAGAUGACAAAUGGUGAUAAAAAUGGGGAUUUUCAGUUGGGUUGGGAAGUUAAAGAUUGGUCGUCCGUAUUCGUUUUGGGAGAAGUUGGUCAAAGCGGGAGGGGAAAGAGGGAAGUGAUGAAAUGUUCUUUUGUCAGUAAGAGAAGGUCAAGUAAAAUGUGCGUGUUAUUUAAAGAAAAGAAAAGCUUGAGUGUCUUAAUUUUCUUUUUAUGUCGUAAAUCGGGAAGAAUGAAUGAAAUAAAGGAGACUCUUUCAGACUUUCCAAUUGGUCUCUUUCAUUUCUUCGUCAAGUUCGAGGCAAAGAGGCGCAAUGUAAGCAUAAAUCUAAUAGAAUCUUUCUUUUUUCCCUCUCGGUCCGAAAGGGAAAGCAAAAGGAAAUUCACUUCAAUUCAUCUGCAGCUCUCUUUUGUCAUGAGUCGUAUUGUCUGUCUACUACCCAAAAAUGUCUCACUUUUUUGUAACUGAUCCAACAGUAAAACAAUAAGAUUUCCUCAAUUUCCUCAUAUUUGUUGAAGGGCGGUGAUAAACAAUAGAGGACAUUAGCAAAGAUACGGUUUGCAUGUAUAUGACAUUAUAAUGGAAACAAAUGCAAAGUUAUCGUUGUAAUGUGGUAUAAACAUUGAGCAUUGAGAACUUGAUAUC